GUUCAAAUUUUAUAACUGCCAUAUGGCGUAAAACCGUAGGCGUACCGUUAUAAAACACUCGUAAAUUACAGAACAGGGCGUAUUGGUCGCAUAAAAUACCGCAGGCAAGCAAUAUUUCACAAUGAAAUUCAUGUUUUUGCCAUAAAUAAAUCGAUCUUGAUUUUUCAUAAAUCGUUAUGACGAAUUGUUUAUUAUGAAACUAUCUAUAGAAUUAUUUAUUUCACUAUGUUUCAUAAUGCGAUGGGUUGGUAGUAGCCAGCAGACGUUUCUUUAUGAGAGGAUGCAUAAUUUUGGUUUAGGAAGGCGUGUUAUACCAAGAUAUAAGCAGUUCGAAAGCCCUUACGCCUAUCCAGCGCCAUUACCUUCUUCUGCCAUUCCUAUAAUCCCUUCACCAUACCGUAACCUCUACCAAGGGUCCAGAAUGACGAAUGACACUAGAGUCUAUAGAAGAAGGUUUCACUAUCAGCCGAAAGCAGUCGGCCACCGAGUAUUGUCUGAGGGACUUUUUGAUUGCAUUAUAACUCAUCUAGCAAUUGAAACGACUGACGGGAUACCUAUAAUACUCCGUGGUGGAGCUGGCUACCGCUUCUUCAAUGUUGUGAUAAAGGCAAAACCUGGCGAUCAAUUAAAAGGGAGUGUUAGGGCGUAUUGCAAGCGUAGCAACGGGACUUAGCUGGAAUUAAAAACAAAGUGCAAAAACCUUUAAUAAAUUAAUAUGAAACGUUCGCAAUCGUAA